GCCGUAGAACGAGUAGUCUGCAUGAGCAUUGAGCUGCAUUCACAGCCUAGACCUGCAGCUGCACUCGCACCGGACAGACAGACAUGUAGACAGAUGCGAUGCCCGAGCGUAGCACGGAAAUCCAAUCUGAUCUAUGGCCUACAGAGAAACGCUUGUCGACUUGUCGAAAGUUCUUGCGCAGAGUUAAAGUGGAGCGCAUCUUCAGGUCCCCAUAUCAUCCCCCAUACUACUGGUGGACCCUCGCCCUCCUGCCCGCAGCAGCAACUCCACCUCCAGCUCGUUCUCUGAUAUAUGAAGGCCUGCGCAGAUGGCGGUGCCUUGAGUGCAAGUCCGAGGCCGAGUGUGAGUGUGCGUGCACUGAUCAUGAUCAGCGUCACAUGGGCCUUUCUCGACUCAGAUCUUCCGACUAUACUCCUUACUACCAACACCACACCACACUAGUUACAACUUGUCUCAUAAUCUGAUUCGUCUCCCUCGUGAAUCCUCUGAGUUUCUGCUGCGUUUCUGACUCGACCGACCCUCAGUUCUGGAGUUUCAAAGCAUCGACGCAGAAUGGCGCACCUUCUUUCGUGGGCUCAAGGCAUCGUGCCGAAUCCGAGGUCGCCAGGGGUGCAUCACGACAAUGUCCAUUGCCAGGGCUCCUUCAAAUCAGUUCCCACCUGGGCUGGUAGAGCAACCGUGCUCUACCAGCCCAAAUCUGGUGACAGUUGUUCCAAUAGCCUGUUGAGAAAUUCGAGAGCAAUACGGUUCUCGGCUACAAGCAGACCUGACAGUCAAGGACGGACAGAUGCAACGAGUGUCGAGCCUGUGGAAACAACAGAAGGCAGAAUAGCAAAGCUGCUUGCUGCCAAUGAGAGGCUGCUCGCCCGAAUCGCAGACUUGGAGAAAGUCGUGAAUGAAGUCAGGGCAGAAAACGCAGGCUACAUAGAGGACAAAGCUUCAGCAACUCCAGUAGCCAGCUCGAGCCAAGCACCGAACGCGUUCAAGUCUCCUGAACCAGGGAUUAGUCUGGAGUCGGAUUCGGGCACAGGUGCUGUCACGGUCGAGAACAGUUCAUUGUCACAACAGCCCCUUCCUGCAGCUCAAGAGGCAACGCUAAUUCUGUCGCAGUUGGCGAAUAUCAGGUGGCCCUCUCCGAAUGAUGAAGUUCCUUUUUGGAUGAGGAAAUCUAACGUGCAUGAUCACGUCACUAGUUUUAUUGAUAACUCGGGAGCAGGGAGGAAGAUCGAACCAGAUAAGAACCCUUUAUACAUAGUCCAUGUAACAGCUGAACUGGCACCUGUGGCCAAAGUGGGCGGGUUAGGCGAUGUGGUGACGGGGCUGGGACGAACAUGUAUGGAGAGAGGACACAAGGUGCUUGUUAUGCUUCCCUUCUAUGAAAGUAUUGAUACGACACAAGUGGAAGGCCUAGCUGAAGCAGAAACUUUUUCAUCCUUUCAUAAGGGAUCCUGGCUGCCUGUAAAAUCGUUUCAUGGGAAAGUGGCUGGAGUUCCAGUACUGCUGAUACGUACAGACAAUAAUCUUUUUAAAGGAAGUCAGAUAUACGGUGGAGAUUAUGAUGAAAUGGAGGCCUAUUUAUUCUUCAGUCGCGCUUGUCUUGAGAGAAUGCAGGUCACUGGCGAUCAACCUGAUGUUAUUCAUAUACAUGAAUGGCAUACUGGUGUACUGGCAAUGCUAUACUGGGACAUGUAUAACCAUUUAUCUUUAAAGAAACCACGUAUUGUCCUUACUAUUCACAACAUGGAGCACUAUGGCGAGUGCAGGGUGGAGCAGCUCAACAUGUGUGGUCUAGACGGUUCAGCCUAUGGUACCAUUGAUAGGGCAAUAGAUGAGCGGACUAUUGGACACAACCCCGAAAGGCUGAGUUUGCUUAAGGGUGGAAUUGUCUACAGCAAUGCUGUUACAACUGUUUCCCCUACGUAUGCCAAUGAAACACUUUGCUCGGGAUGGCUGGCCAACACUCUCUUGAGGAAUCGAUCGAAGUACUUCGGAAUAUUGAAUGGGAUUGACACUACAGUGUGGGAUCCUGCCAGUGAUCCCUGUCUGCCAAUGCAAUACAAUGCCCGGAAGAUUUUUGGCAAGCUAGUCUGCAAACAAUACGUCCAGCGUGGAUUGGGUUUGGAGGCUGAUGAUCUGGUUGGAGAUGGUAUCCAGCUAGUCAGGCGAAAACAGACUCCACUUGUCAUAUGCAUCACGAGAUUAGUUGCACAGAAAGGCAUCCAUCUCAUACGCCACGCGAUCAAUCAGAUAGGUGAAAGAGGAGGUCAAUUUGUAUUGCUUGGAACUGCGCCUGAUCCCCGAGUGCAAGCUGAAUUCGAGCAGAUGAGUCAGAAGCUUCAAACCAGCAAGAACAUCCGGCUUCUUACUUUCUACAGUGAGGAUCUAGCACAUAAGCUUUAUGCAGCGGGUGACAUCGUGCUUGUGCCUUCCAUGUUCGAACCUUGCGGACUCACUCAGAUGAUUGGAAUGCGAUACGGAGCGAUUCCCGUCGUUAGGAGAACCGGUGGAUUGGCUGAUACGGUCUUCGACAUUGAUGACCCUAAAAAUAAAAAUCGAGGAAAUGGCUUCGUCUUUGAUGGAAUUUCUGAAGAUUCUCUGGACAGCGCUCUCAACCGUGCCCUCACUUAUCAUCAGGAACGUCGAGAGUGGUGGCAAGAUUUGACAGCCCGUGUUAUGGAGUUGGACCAUAGCUGGAAUAAGUCUGCUGCGGAGUACUUGAACCUGUACAACAAUGUACGCGUGGGUUGAAGUCUUCGAUACAGUGAUCGAACACUUCACCUCCGUUAUGGUGGGAGAGCUGGAGAAAUUUUCUCAUUUAGAACUGAUUGAUUCUGGAAUCACAGGAUGUACUUCAUUUUAUUACAUGUCAUCGAAUCAUCCUUUCUCAU